UCUGGACAUGAAGACACAAUUCCAGGAGCAGCUGACUGAAAAUGUUUCAAGUUUCACUAAUGAAUUCGAGAAGUUCCAACAAGAUUAUCAAGAAAAAGGGCCUUUAGUGGUUGGAUUAUCUGCAAUGGAAGCAUCUAACAGGCUGGCUGAAUACCAGAAUAGAUUUGAUGGUUUGUGGCAAAAGUACAUGACUUACACCGAUGGCGCCAUAUUAUUUGGUUACAAAUGCAAAGAGUUUCCACGUUUGCAUUACAUACGAAAAGAGCUCGGGAUGAUGCAGAAACUGUACAAGCUGUACAAUGAUGUCUUGGACAAAGUAAAUGGCUACCAGGACAUUCUGUGGAAUAAUGUUGAUAUAGAUAAAAUUACCAACGAAUUAAUCGAGUUCCAGAACAGGUGCCGUAAGUUGCCGAAAGGGUUGAAGGAAUGGCCAGCCUUCACCCAGCUGAAAAAGACGAUCGACGACUUCAAUGAACUGUGUCCUCUUCUGGACUUGAUGACAAACAAAGCAAUGAAAGGUAGGCACUGGAAAAGGAUAAACGAGUUGACAGGCCAUGAAUUUGACGUUACUUGCCCCCACUUCUGCUUGAAGGAUAUACUGAAAGCACCUUUGCUGAGUCAUAAAGAAGAUAUUGAGGAUAUAUGUAUAUCGGCCUUGAAAGAGAGAGACAUCGAAGGCAAAUUGAAGCAAGUGACUUCGGAAUGGAGUAAUCAGAACCUGACAUUCGCGGCUUUCAAAAAUCGAGGGGAACUUCUACUGAGAGGCGACACGACGGCUGAGAUUAUAUCGUUGCUGGAAGACAGUCUCAUGAUUUUGGGAUCUCUCCAGAGUAAUCGGUACAAUGCUCCUUUCAAAAACCAAAUUCAAAAAUGGGUCCAGGAUCUGUCUAACACCAACGAAUGUCUGGAGCGAUGGCUAUUCACUCAGAACAUGUGGGUCUACCUUGAAGCAGUUUUCGUCGGAGGCGACAUUGCCAAGCAACUGCCCAAGGAAGCCAAGAGGUUUAACACAAUUGAUAAAUCGUGGGUGAAGAUUAUGAUGCGAGCCCACGAGAAAAGCAACGUCGUGGAAUGCUGUGUUGGGGAUGAUACGCUGAAGCAACUUUUGCCUUACCUACAAGAGCAACUAGAAAUUUGUCAGAAAUCCUUAGCAGGAUAUCUGGAGAAAAAGCGACUGAUGUUCCCACGGUUCUUCUUUGUCUCCGAUCCAGCGCUCCUGGAGAUAUUAGGACAAGCCAGCGACUCCCACUCCAUACAGAGCCACCUAUUGAGCAUCUUCGACAACAUAAAAUCCCUCAUUUUUGAGGAGAAGGAUUACAAUAGAAUAUUAUCGAUUGUGUCAUCCGAAGGAGAAAGUAUUACCCUGAAUAAGCCAGUGAAAGCGGAAGGAAACGUGGAAAGUUGGCUGAUGAACCUCCUGAAGAUGUCUCACCAAUCCCUGCAUUCCGUCAUUCGUAAAGCUGCUCUGUCCACAACGAGACCAAAAUUCACUCUCAUGGAUUUCCUAAGAGAACAUCCGGCGCAGGUGGGAUUGCUGUGUCUUCAGAUAAUAUGGACGCGAGAAUCAGAAGUUGCUCUCGCCUAUUCCACCCAAGACAAGAAAGUCAUGCAGCAAACGAAUGAACUGUUCCUGGAGCUGCUGAACACCCUCAUAGAGGAGACUACAAAAGACCUGGGGGUGGUAGAACGCACCAAAUUCGAAACUUUAAUCACAGUUCAUGUGCACCAAAGAGAUAUAUUCAACGAUCUGUGCCGCUUCGGUAUCAAGUCUGCAAAAGAUUUCGAAUGGGUGAAGCAGUUUCGUUUUUACUUCGAAGCCGACGAUGACCAGACUGUGAUAGGCAUUACGGAUGUCCAGUUCACCUAUCAGAAUGAGUUCUUGGGCUGCACUGAGAGACUGGUCAUCACCCCUCUGACCGACAGAUGCUACAUAACGUUGGCCCAAGCUCUGCAAAUGCACUUAGGAGGCGCCCCUACAGGGCCGGCGGGAACGGGCAAGACAGAAACGACCAAAGACAUGGGCAAGAUGCUCGGGAAAUACGUCGUCGUCUUCAACUGCUCGGAUCAAAUGGACUAUAAAGGACUGGGACGAAUAUAUAAAGGUUUGGCACAGUCCGGAUCUUGGGGUUGCUUCGACGAGUUCAACCGGAUCGAACUCCCAGUUCUGUCUGUAGCCGCACAGCAGAUAUCCAUCGUCUUGACUUGCAAGAAGGAAAGGAAAGAGACUUUUAUCUUCAGCGAUGGCGACCUCAUCCGAAUGAAUCCAGAAUUCGGGAUCUUCCUCACAAUGAACCCUGGCUAUGCCGGUCGACAGGAACUCCCGGAAAAUUUAAAAGUACAGUUUCGCACUGUGGCUAUGAUGGUGCCGGAUCGUCAAAUCAUUAUCCGUGUCAAAUUAGCCAGCUGUGGAUUUCUCGAAAACAUCACCCUGGCUCGAAAAUUUUACACACUCUACAAACUUUGCGAAGAACAGCUGUCUAAACAGGUUCACUAUGACUUCGGUCUGAGGAAUAUUCUUUCUGUUCUGAGAACCCUGGGAGCCACCAAAAGAUCGAAUGUGAACAAUACGGAAUCGGAAAGUGCUAUUGUGAUGCGAGUCUUGAAAGAUAUGAAUUUGUCGAAGCUGAUUGACGAGAACGAGCCCCUGUUUUUGUCUCUCCUGAACGAUCUUUUUCCUGGCAUCCGAGACCACAAGAAGGGCGACACCGAACUAGAGGACGCCAUAGACGCGCAGGUGAAGGAAAGUGGCCUCAUUUCCUACCCCGCAUGGAAAGUGAAACUGGUGCAGUUAUAUGAAACUCAGUUGGUGCGGCAUGGCAUCAUGACUUUGGGACCUGCAGGAGGUGGUAAAACCAGCUGCAUAAGAGGACUGAUGGCUGCUCUAACGGCGAUGGGUUCUCCUCACAAGGAAAUGAGGAUGAAUCCCAAGUCCAUCACCACACCCCAAAUGUUCGGGAGACUGGAUGUGGCCACUGAUGAUUGGACAGAUGGAAUAUUCUCCGCCCUCUGGAGGAAGACCCUCAAAAUGAAGAAAGGCGAGUUUGUCUGGAUUGUUUUGGAUGGCCCUGUGGAUGCCAUCUGGAUAGAGAACCUGAAUUCCGUCCUGGACGACAACAAGACUUUGACCCUGGCGAAUGGCGAUCGGAUUCCUAUGUCUCCCAAUUGCAAAGUCAUGUUCGAGGUCCACAACUUGGAGAACGCCUCCCACGCCACUGUGUCCAGGAACGGAAUGGUGUACAUGAGUUCUUCUUGCUUACCAUGGAAACCCAUUCUUCAGGCUUGGCUGACUACUCAACCGAAACUGAUCAUUCGGGGCAUUACUCAGCUUUUCGACCGUUCUUUCGAGAUCAUAUAUACAUGGUCGGUUGAAAAUUUAGUAUUUCGAAUGAAGAUAUUACAAUGUAUGAUUAUAUCGCAGAUCAUCAAGAUUUUUCAAGGUCUGCUUCCCAGAGAAGAAAAAGACCUGCACAUUUUAGCUGCCAUUUUGCAAAAGGUUUACGUUUUUGGCCUGAUGUGGAGCAUCGGCGCCUUCCUGGAAACCCCGGACAGAUUGAAAUUCGAACAAUUCCUCAGGAAUAAAAAGGAUUUCGAUCUGGAUUUGCCAGUGUCCGAAGAUCCUAAUGACACCAUUUUUGACUUCAGCGUGGAUAGUUCAGGGGAAUGGAAACACUGGAAGCUUCUUGUUCCCGAGUUCGUUUACAAUCCAUCCAAUGGUACAGAAUAUAUUUCGGUCUUGGUACCAAACAUCGAUAAUGUUCGGACCGAUUUCUUGAUUAACACAAUAGCAAAACAAGGAGAUCCGGUAUUACUUUUAGGAGAACCAGGUACAGCAAAGACGGUGAUGCUGAAAGCAUACACAUCGAAUUUAAAUCCUGAGAAUCAUUUGAGCAAAACACUCAACUUUUCUUCGGCCACGACUCCUCUACAAUUUCAAAAAACCAUUGAGAGCUAUGUUGAGAAAAGAGCGGGUAACAUUUACGGACCAGCUGCUGGAAAGAAGCUGACCAUCAUUAUUGAUGACAUCAAUAUGCCUUUCAUCAAUUCAUGGGGUGAUCAGGUAACAAACGAGAUUGUCCGACAAACCAUAGAGAUGGCUGGUUUUUACUGCUUGGAAAGACCUGGCGAGUUCUUGAAAAUGGCUGAUCUUCACUACCUGGCAGCCAUGUGCCAACCAGGGGGAGGCCGUAACGAAAUACCAGAAAGACUGAAGAGGCACUUCGCAAUCUUUAACUGCACUUUGCCGACAGAUUCCUCAAUUGAUAAGAUUUUUGGUUGUAUUGUUCAAGGAGCUUUUUCUGAAGAACAAGGAUUUUCGACGGAAAUUCGAAGCCUGGCAGAAAAACUCGUACCCUUAACAAGGAGGCUGUGGUAUUUGACAAAGAUAACCAUGCUUCCUACUCCGGCUAAGUUCCAUUAUGUGUUCAACAUGAGAGAGUUGUCCCGCAUCUGGCAAGGCAUGACUUCUACACUACCCUCCAUCAUUUGCGACCAGGACACCCUCAUUUCUCUGUGGAAACACGAGUGCUACAGAGUAAUUGCUGACAGAUUUAUACAACAACAAGAUUACGAUUGCUUUCAAAGUACAAUGAACCGUCUUUUAACGGAAGAAUUCGGUGAAGAAAAUUCUUUCAUAAACACUGAAGACGACCAGUGUUUCUUUGUCGACUUCCUUCGGGAUACUCCCGAAGUUACUGGAGAAGAAGAGACGGAAGUUGAAAUGCCCAAGAUAUACGAACCAGUAAAAUCACUAGAGGUGCUCCAAGAACGACUGACGUUCCUUAUCAGUCUCUACAAUGAAGUGGCUCGAACUGCACACCUAGACAUUGUGUUUUUCAAGGAUGCAGUGUCGCAUCUAACUCGAAUUUCCAGGAUAAUUCGAUCCCCUGGCGGUCAUGCUUUGUUGGUUGGCGUCGGUGGAUCCGGAAAACAGUCACUGACUAAAUUGGCAGCGUUCAUUGCCCAUUACAAUACUCAACAAAUAAAUUUAACGAGGAAUUACAGUGCCACCAAUUUUUUGGAAGAUUUAAAAAUUCUUUACAGAUCAACAGGUAUUCAAGACAAAGGAACUACUUUUAUAUUCACCGAUCAGGCGCUCAAAGAUGAAUGCUUCUUGGAGUAUUUAAACAACGUUCUCACCUGUGGAGUAGUGUCCAACCUGUUCAAUCGAGACGAACGAGCGGAUAUCAUCGCUGAACUGACCCCGAUGAUGAAGCGCGAACAGCCCAGAAGACCCCCUACGCCGGAGAAUGUGAUGGAUUUCUUCUUGUACAGGACGAGGAAAAAUUUGCACGUUGUACUCUGUUUCUCUCCGGUAAGUGAAAAACUGCGGACCCGGGCUCUGAGAUUUCCCGGUAUUGUGUCUGGUUGCACAGUGGACUGGUUCCAACCCUGGCCAAAGGAAGCUCUCACUUCAGUAUCCAGGCAUUUUCUCAGAGACUUCGAUCUGCAGUGUGAUGAAAUAAUAAAGCAGGAAGUCAUCCGUUUCAUGGGCGACAUGCACACGUUUGUGGAAGAGCAGUGUACCGAGUAUUAUCAGAGAUUCCGGCGACCCGUCCACGUGACUCCCAAAUCUUUCUUGUCCUUCAUCAAUGGCUACAAGAAACUGUACGAGGAAAAGCACCAUGAGAUCGGUAAUACGUGCACCCGUAUGGAGAACGGCAUAUCCAAACUUGAGGAGGCCUCACUCCUGGUCGAGCGAAUGAAAGAGACUCUGGCAGAGAUGGAGGAGGAACUAGAACUCGCUUCCAAGACAGCAGAGCAAGUGCUGGCUGAGGUGUCCGUGAGGGCAGACGCAGCAGAAGUGGUCCGUGACAGCGUAGAAAGAGCGAAGAACGCAGCUCAAGAAAUUGUGAAAGAAAUCCAGGCGGACAAAGCUAUUGCAGAGGAGAAGCUAGAGGCAGCCAGGCCAGCUUUGGAAGAUGCAGAAGCGGCCCUCAAUACCAUACAACCUACUCAUAUAGCAACCGUCCGCAAACUGGGUCGCCCCCCAGCCCUCAUCAUGUACAUCAUGGACUGCGUGAUGAUCCUCUUCCAGAAGAGACUGCAGCCAGUGCAGGUGGAUCCCAUGAGGAAAUUCAUCAAGCCUUCGUGGGAUGAAUCGCUCAAGUUCAUGUCCACGACGGGCUUCCUGGCUGCAUUGCAGAAUUUCCCAAAAGACACGAUCAACGACGAAGUGGUCGAACUGCUGGAGCCGUAUCUCAUCAUGAAAGACUAUAACAUGGAAACGGCCAAGAGAGUCUGCGGAGACGUGGCGGGUCUCCUGUCCUGGACGAAAUCCAUGGCUUUCUUCUUUGGAAUCAACAAAGAAGUCUUGCCUCUCAAGUACAAUCUAGCUGUUCAGGAAGCGCGACUGGCUGUUGCCAUGAAGGAGUUGAAGUCAGUCGAACAGGAAUUGGAGGAUAAAGAAAACGACUUGAAGGAGGUGAAAGCUCAAUACGAAAGUGCAAUCGCCAACAAAGAGAAACUUGCCGAAGAAGCUGCUGUUUGUCGCCGGAAGAUGUCCAGAGCGUCUAUGCUCAUCACAGAAUUAGCUGGAGAGUAUAAGAGAUGGACAAAUGAAAGCAAGCAACUGAAAGAACAAAUAAAAAGACUCGUGGGCGAUGUCCUCGUAGCAACCGGAUUUUUGUCCUAUGCUGGCUCUUUCAACCAGGAAUAUCGGUCCUCCCUGAUGUCGUCAUGGCACUCGGAGAUCUUGAAUAGGAGCAUUCCGGCCAGUCAGAAGAUCAACACGAUGGACAUGCUGGUCAACGCCUCCAUGGUAUCUGAAUGGAAUUUGUGUGGAUUGCCCAGCGAUGAGCUGUCUUCACAGAAUGGUGCGCUUGUCAACAAUGCUUUGAGGUAUCCUCUACUUAUCGAUCCUCAAGGUCAAGGGAAAUCAUGGUUGAAGAACUCGGAGGCAAAGAAUGACCUUCAGGUGACUUCUUUGAAUCAUAAAUAUUUCAGACAGCUCUUAGAAGAAUGCCUAUCACUGGGUAAGCCUUUACUCAUCGAGGACGUCAGUGAAGAACUAGAUCCGAUACUAGAGAAUGUCUUAGAGAAAAACUACAUGAAAAGUGGUUCAACUUUCAAGGUGAUGUUGGGGGAGAAAGAAUGUGAUGUGAUCGAAGGAUUCAGAUUAUUCAUCACCACAAAGCUCCCCAACCCUGCAUUUUCACCGGAAAUCAGCGCCAUGACGUCUGUCAUUGACUUCACAGUGACCGCCAAGGGACUCGAGGACCAGUUGCUCGGCAGGGUGAUGUUGUCCGAGAAAGCGGAAUUGGAGAAUGAAAGGGUGAAAGUUAUCAGCGAAAUUGUGGACAGCAAAUAUAACAUUAAGCUACUAGAAGACAAUCUACUGGAUCACCUCACUAGUGCUCAGGGUUCUCUGGUGGACAAUGAAGGCUUGAUAGGCGUCCUCCAAGACACCAAAGCGACCACUCUCCAAGUCUCAACGAAGCUGGGCGUCGCAGCCACCACGCAGGCGAAAAUCAACGAGGCCAGAGAAGAAUUUCGGUCCGUCGCUGCCAGGGGUAGCAUUCUCUAUUUCCUCAUUGUGGAAAUGAGCGUCAUCAACGAUAUGUACCAGACCUCCCUCAAGCAGUUCCUGGGAUUAUUUGACAUCUCCAUUGCGAGAUCGGACUUGGAUCCGGAUGUUAAGAAACGCAUCCGCAACAUCAUCGAGUACCUGACUUACGAAGUGUACCGGUACGCAGUGAGAGGCUUCUACGAAUGCCACAGAUUCCUCUUCGUGUUGAUGUUGGCGCUGAAACUGCAGCUUGAAAGUGGGUCCAUCUCCUAUAACGAGUUCUUCACCUUCGUCAAAGGUGGGGCCUCUUUGGAUCUGAAUUCUGUAAAACUCAAACCUUUCACUUGGAUACCUGACGUCAUAUGGCUGAACAUUGUGCAGCUCGGACGGCAGCCAGCGUUCAAGUCACUCGUUGACGAGAUAUGCACUCGUGAAGCCGAGUGGAAGACGUGGUUCGAUUCCGAAGACCCCGAAUCUAGCUCGUUUCCAUGCGGUUACGAUGCGAAACUGGAUGCAUUUAGCAUUCUGCUUAUGAUCCGAACCUGGUAUCCAGACCGAACUUUAUCUCAAGCCAAAAAGUUCAUUUCAGCGUCCCUGGGUUCAAGGUUCGUUGAAGGAGUCCUAUUGGAUUACGAGGACCUAUGGUGGGAAUCCGACAACAGAACACCCCUCAUUUGUUUGUUAUCCACAAGUGGCGAUCCCAGCAUGCAAGUGGAAAUCUUAGCAAGGAAGAAAGAUUUAGAAUAUAGUUCAGUGUCCAUGGGACAAGGGCAGGAAGUCCCGGCCCGGAGGAUGCUGACCAAGAUGUGCCGGACAGGAGGAUGGGUGAUGCUACAGAACUUGCACCUCAGCCUAGAUUUCUGCUACGAGGUCUUGGAAGCCUUGUCAGAAGAGAAUGACAUCCACGAGAGUUUCAGACUUUGGAUAACCACAGAAGUGCAUCACCAGUUCCCAAUUAGUCUCUUACAACUCUCAAUUAAAUUCACCAAUGAGCCGCCCCAAGGGAUCAAAGCCAGCCUCAAGAGGACUUAUGCCGGUCUGCCAGAUGACAUCCUGGAGUACAGCAACGCGCCCCAGUGGCAGCCCCUGCUCUUCGGCAUCGCCUUCCUCAACACCAUCGUGCAGGAAAGGAGGAAAUUCGGUCCCCUCGGAUGGAAUAUUCCGUACGAGUUCAACCAAGCGGACUUUCUGGCAUCGAUGAAAUUCCUGCAGAAGCACCUCGAUGACAUGGACAUGAAGAAGGGUCCGUGUUAUCGCACCAUUCGGUUCAUGUUAGCCGAAGUGAUGUACGGGGGGCGAGUGACGGACGACUACGACAAGCGUCUCCUCUGCACCUACAUGAAUGAGUGGUUCAACGAGAAGAUCCUGCACCACAAUUUCGAAUUCUACUCGGGAUACAAGCUUCCCCUCUGCAACAGUCUUAAGCAGUGCUUGGACGGCAUCAAGAGGAUACCGGACGAUGACUGUCCAAUGGUUUUUGGACUGCAUGCUAACGCGGACAUCACCUAUCAAAUCAAUACUGCAAACGAUAUUUUAGAUGCCCUGAUUCGAGUUCCACCCCAGGACAGCUCUAAAUCUGGAGGCGAAACCAAAGAGUGUGUAGUCAGCAGGAUGGCCAAGGAAAUGUUGGAGAAGCUUCCUGCCGAAUAUGUACUUCACGAGGUUCGUCGCGCCCUCCAAGAAAUGGGUCCUCUGGAGCCCAUCAACAUCUUCCUGCGGCUGGAGAUUGACCGGAUGAACAAGGUGAUCUGCACCGUCCGCAACGACCUCCUCGAUCUGCAGCUGGCCAUCGACGGCACAAUCAUCAUGAACGAUGCACUCAGGGACGCCCUCGAGGCCAUCUUCCAGGCGAGGGUGCCCGAACUGUGGGCAAAGGUGUCUUGGGAGUCGAGCACACUCGGUUUCUGGUUCACAGAACUGAUGGAGAGGGACCAGCAGUUUCGACGCUGGUGCUUCAAAGGCAGGCCUUCCACCUUCUGGAUAUCGGGACUUUUCAAUCCCACUGGAUUCUUGACGGCCAUGAGACAGGAAGUGACCAGAGCUCACCAGGGUUGGGCACUGGACUCAGUGUCCCAGCGUAACAAAGUUACUAACUACCGUAAUCCAACUGAAGUCAGCGAAUCUCCAAACGAAGGAGUCUACAUCUAUGGUCUGCAUCUGGAAGGGGCAUCUUGGGACAUGAAGACAGGUUGUCUCAGAGAAUCCGCCCCCAAGAUCCUGUACGAGCCACUACCUCUUCUGCACGUAUAUGCCAUCAACAGCACGUCUGGUAAAAGUCCGGAUGUGUACGAAUGUCCGGUGUACAAAAAGGCGAUGCGUACAGACUCUACUUACAUAACAUCCAUCGAUUUGAAAAGCGAAUGUAAUCCUAAUCACUGGAUUUUGAGAGGUGUAGCGCUAUUGUCGGAUAUCAAAUAG